CGACAAGGCAAUUAACACUGUUGAGUGCAGCGCGUUUUCCCGCUUCUUUAUUCACCACCAGCCUGACAUCGAACACUACACAAUUCCAAACUAUGUUGACAUGAGCUAGCCCUGCAUUGUUUUGCCAGUUAACAUUGCGAGUCGACACUCCUACAUUUUACAGCUCCCUCUUCCAUAUUCUUGCACAGCAUGCUCGACCUCGGCGCUGGCCGCGAUGGCCACGUGCCGCGCGACGCUGGCUCGCAAUCCAAGCAGAUCGCGAUUACUGCCGAGUAUUUCCUUCCGCCUCGACUUCCGCGUCCCAGACCGUGGGAGCGCGUUGCUGUCGCCCCCUUGUCCAACAAGAAUCGCCGGCACAAUAUCUGGAAAAGAGUUAGUGAUCCGAUUGGGCCGUCAGUCGAUCUUGGAUAUGUUCGCGCCAUGGCAGAGCUGGAGACAGGAGGUAUGGGGCCGAGGAAGCGCGUGCGACAAGCAAAGCACCUGUCUACCUGGGGCCACGCGCGCUGGGACGCCAGACUUGACCAGAAGCUGGACGGGAAGUGCGACAUUGCCAAGGCGCGAGCCUCCGUAUCCGCUGCUUUGGAGGAGAUUGCGAAGGUAGCACCGAGGACCAACAGCACCGCGAUGGGCCGCCGCUCGACCUUCCCGGAGGACAGCUUGAAAUGGGUUCCGCGAAAGAGGCUUAGCUCUCGCUGGCCAAUCGAACCGAAGACAGAAAGAGCUACCCAUGAUCCCAUGGUGGCUGAUACGCAACCAUUGGUCGAGAUCGAUGUUCCUGUAGACUCCGAGCCGAUUGACAUCUCGGUGCGGAUCGACGAGAAACAGAUGCGGACACGGUCAACCCGCCGUUUGAGCAGGCGCAUAUCUCUCUUACCAAGCGAUGCAUCGCCAGAGAAGCUCUCCGUUGACAACCUCUCGCCAGAAAAGACGUCGGGCCCAUCUCUUUCGCCAGCCAAGAGACAGCCAGUCACACUCUCGCCUACAAAAGUCACCGAGUCACCGCUUCGCGCAUUCAGAAUUAGCGCCACCCCAACAAAGGUCGUCCUCGAAUCACCCAAGUCUAGCCCUCCAGAACAACCACUGUUGAAGGCUUCCACAGCCAUGUCAACUUUGGAUGAGGUCCUCCCUGCUAGUGUCAAGGGGCCGGCCGAUUCAUCCCACGCGCCCGCAAGUCCACUGCCCCUCUUAUUUGACCAGCCGAUCACAGAUCCCGAAGCUGAGCCGCGGCAUGAGACUCGCAGGCGGGUCUCGCUUCAUCUGGCGCGGCGGAUUGAACGCGGCUCAAGCGGCGUUUCAAGGGUUCUUGCCCUCAAAAACAGCCAGAACAACUCCAGUCGCCGACACAGUCUCACAUCGAUUGGGAACAUCCCGGAAUUUGGGCCAGAGAACUCCAAGGAAAGACGCAAAACCCUCGAUCCAUUCUGUGUUGGCUCGGGUGAUCCCACGGGCAUGGGAAUCAGCGAUGAAAAUCAUGCCAGGGCUUCUACGCGCCUUUCCAAGACCGAGGUUCUUGAGAUUGAUGCGAAAGCCAACCUUGACAUUUUUGGUCAGCAGCCCAAGGCUCCUGGCUUAACUUCUGAAAGACGGGAAACGUGUGAGGAAGAAGAAAAUGAGGGAGUAGAAUCUGUCCCGGAGUCUGAUAAUCCUCGUGGCGCAUAUCUCUCGCCUGCCAAACACAACAUUGCCCCACACCGCGUCAUGCCGAGCUCAUCAGCUACCGACGUUAAGCCUGUGGCCCAGGGCGCAGACGCAGCACCUGAAGUCGUAACGGCCUCUCAAGCGGCAACAGAUGCGGUUGCUGGCGCAAAUGACAUAGGAGAAGCUGAACAUCCCUGCAGUCUCGAUCCUCUCCAUUUCACGUUCGAUAUGUCGGCACAUCCUGGGCCUGAGACAGAUAAGAACAAGGUCCCGGUUACAACCCAGGACCCUGAAGGGCUGUCGACUAUCUACGAAGAAUCGUCCAUUGCUGAGGUUCAAGCACCUGAAGAGGGAGCUGGAGAUGAGCUAUCCGCUCGGGAAUCCGUCUUAGGUGACGGACCGGAGGCAGCUUGCGAGCUGCAAGCACCUCGCGCUGAAGAUAUGCCGGGCGAUGAGAGUUUGCCUAGCGAACCCCAAGACACUGUUGUUGCACGGCCGGAUACUAACUGUCGUCGGGUAAGCCCGCCACCAUGUCACGUUUCCGAAAUGCCUUCCCCGGAGUCCGGAGCCCGGGGAGCCCCCAGUCCCAUGGACCAGGAGACAUCUGGUUUUACUCCUAUCAACACACGCCUAUUCUCGCCGUCUCCAGAUGUAGCAGACAGGCCGGAACACCGGAGAAAAAGCAACGAAGGUGAGGCUGAGCGAAUGGGAGCAGAAGACCUUGACGCGGAUGAGAUAACCGAGGAGGAAGCACUCGUCGACACGGAUGAUGAUCUUAUCACUGCCGACGAAGACUUCACCUUGAUGGUUGAAGGUGUCCCUCAUGUCGAGAACGACACUCUGCAACUCCGUGUCAACCACGACGAUUCGGAAACGGAAAUGCUGAGGAACUUUGUCACACGGGUCACAGCCGAUAAGAACGCCAAAGCCGCGGCAGCUGCCGUGGAGGCCGCAGCGAUAGCGAGCGAGCCCGGCCGCCCGAUACGUCGGUCGCGUCCAUCUUUCUCUGUGACCUCUUCAUCCGGCUCUCCCAUUCCCAUACCCAAAUCCGACCCAGACACUCCUCCUGGUCGUAUACCCUUGGUCGAGAAGAGCACCAACAGCCCGAGCCCUGCCAAGAAGCGUAAGCUCGAGGAGUUGCUCGAUUUCCCCAGCAAAAAUCACGACCGUGCCAACCCCACUGAGGAGGACCCGGCGCCGAGGAACAACAAAGAAAGCGACGGCCCGCGGCUCAUCAAGCGCCGGCGUCGCCGCCUGGACCCUGUGCUUGCGGAACCAACCCCUGCCCUUUCCCCAGAACCCGAGAAUAACCCCCCGCGGCGGCGAUCGACCCGCACCAGCGCCCGCCUCGUCACCCGCAACACCCGUGUAGCUUUGCGCCCUUCGGCGCCCUCCGCAAACUCCAUCGCCUUCUCCAUGAUGCCCUUGCGUUUCCCGGGAAUGAUGGGCACUCUGGAUGAUGAGGCUGCGCUCGAGGCCCAUCUGGCCGCCAGUGCCAGGGCAAGGCAGCAGCGAAGCGAGGAAAAGGACCUCGCUACCGUCACGAGGGUCAACACGAGGAAGAACAAGGCCGGCGCGGUGCCCCCUCAGAUGGUGCUCGCCCAGCUGGCGGAGGAUCCCGGGUGGCGCAUGAGGGAGCUUAAGGGGGUUUUUGAAGCCCGUGAGGCCAAGGAGCGGGAGGGUAAGGCUAAAAGGGAAAUUAGGGUGCGCUGGGCGGAGGAGUUGGUUACUUUUCACCAGGGCGGUGAAGAGGAUGAUACCGGGGCCGGGGGGAAGGUUCUGGCUGGUGAGUUCUUGAGGGAUUUAGGGUCUCUGAGCGGAGAGGACACGGGCCGGCCUGGUAUGGAGGUGGAUGAAAUUGCCGAGGCGGAGCCUCUUGAUCUCGUGAAGAGCGAGGGAAAGCCCGUGGUGGUGAAGAAGGCGGUGGUUGUUCCCCCGGCCGGGUCAGGCUCAGGGUCCGGGGCGCUGUCGUCAAAACGGACGGCUGGCGGGGCCAGUGCCGCGCGGAGGUCGUCUAGGUUGCAAGCUCCGACGCCGGUCAUGAAACUGGUGGGCGGUAAGAGCGCUAAGGGCGAGAAGCCAGGUUUGUCUCAGGCUGGUUCGACGGGCCCGUCUAGGACGCGGGCGCUGCCUAGGCUGGCGCCUGCUCCUGCUCCUUCUUCUGCUCCUGUGGCAGGGACAACUCCUGUUGCGUCUGGCUCGUCAUUGGUGGUGGCGGGUACGACGACCGCUUCGACGACUAAGGGAAAUGGAACGGGAACAGGCAUGGCGACCAGGCGGUCCAAGAUUGCUAAGCUGGGCAUGAGCGUCAACGGGACGCCGGCUCCGAAGCGUAGGGGCCGAGCUGUUUCAUGACCUUCGCGUUCAGCGUGGCAAGAGGGGGGGGAAUGACUGGUUUUAUGCUGGGGUUUAUCUAGAGCGGAAAGAGUUUGUCCUUGUUUAGAUUGCGAUGUUAUUCCGAGCGUGUGUUAAGGCGGAAGCAGAAAUACCCGUUUGUGUGUUGAGUGAUGGCGG